AGUCUGCAGAGAAGGAGAAUGCUAGAGAUCUGGUGAGUGGAGUGGAGGUGAAACAGUCUUCUACCUAAGUGCUCAUACUAAUUCGAUUCUAGCGAAUCAAACUCCGCGUCCGGGUGGCUAAGAUGUUCUUGCGUUUCGUGAAUUUUGGCUGCAGUCUGAUAGUGGUCACAAUCUUAGCAUUGACUCUGUUCGUCUUCCAUUCCACUAAAUCACUGCCUUCUAGGGGGGGGUUCCCUGCCUGGGCCAAUGGCACCAAUCCGUGGACUCAAUAUUUGCUCCUUUCCGUGGCAUGCGUCUCGUUGUUUGCUUGCCUUAUCGUAUUUUGGGGCUAUUGGAAGGGCGGCCACAAGCGUGCCGAAAAGCUCACUGUUUACUAUCAAACAAUUGCAGUGUGCUUCUUCAUGUUCAGCCUUGUCAUGUGGAUUGUCGCAGCGGCGCUUUACCAGAAUGAAAAAGCCAAUGGAAACAGCCAGGACCUUUGGGGUUGGUCCUGUAAGAAGAACACAAGGGAAACAUUAUUUCACAACGAUAUUGACUAUGCCCUCCUUUGUCGGUUGCAGGACUGGGGCUUGGUGUGCGCUAUUAUUGAAGUUGUCCUCGAGGUUCUAGUCAUCCUUAUCUAUGCGGUUGUGUUCUAUCGGUUCUGGACCAAGAGGCGCCUUAUGAAGUCAAUGGACCGUCGUGACAAGGCUAGAUCUGAUCUGUACCUUGCCCAGCUCCGCCUUCAGUCAGCGCCCAAUACACCUGGAUUUCCGCUCGCCCAAAAGACGCCUAUAAUAUCUACAGCUGUUCCACAAGAUCCCUAUUCAAUGGCCGAGAACGGCGAAUCAUGCUCUACCCAGUUUGCCACCCCCCGUUCUCCAACAAAACCCCAGCCGACCUUCCAGUUGCAAGCACCUCCAAUCCGUGUACAACAAGCGACUCCUAAGACAGAACAGAGGGAGUUCUUUGGCCCUAGUUCCGUUCCCACGACUCUUGGGCCGGCAUCAAAUGUCAACCAACACAUGACUGCUGCGCCUGGCGAACGGACCUACGAUGCUGUGCCUAUUCCAAUGGCAUAUUCAAGUCCAAUGUCGCCCACGUUCCCUCAUGCCUCCCAUAAAUGAUUUCCACAUUUAAAUAGCACUAAUCAAUGGUUGAAAUGUGUAUAUGCGCCUGCGCACGAAGCCUUGAAAUGCGGAGACUGACGCAUUGUAUUUAUUCUCGAUGAUAAUCUUAUCCCCCGCUCCCUUGUUUCAGAUGGCUGCGUGGUAUUGGUUUUUUCUUUCUCUUUCUUUCUUCGAAAGUUCCGACUGCUUUCGUAUAUUCUCUCAUUCAACGAAAUAGUACGUGUUCAUCUGCCACUAUAUAGCUAGCGUACUAUAUGCGUCUGCGUCUAUCCUCCACAUUGAUAUGAAUCAAAGGAACAAUAUUGUGAUACCUGUUAAACGAGUGUA